AUUAUAAUUUUUAAAAAAAAACAAUCCUUCAAAAUGAAUUCGGACGAGUUUAAAGAAAAAGGUUUUGAAAUAAUAGAAUAUAUAUCAAACUAUUUUGAUACUGUUGCAAAGAGACCUGUUGUAACGACAGAAAGACCUGGUUUCAUGAAAGAGCUUGUUCCUCUUAAAGCUCCAGAAAAAGCAGAUGAAUGGGAAGACAUAAUGAAAGAUAUGGAUGAUGUUAUAAUUCCCGGAUUUUCCCAUUGGGCCCAUCCACACUUUCAUGCGUAUUUUCCAACUGGUUGUUCUCUAGCAUCAGUUCUUGGUACCCUAUUAACAGGAGCUUUCGGUUGCUCUGGAAGUUCGUGGUCCACAAGUCCAGCCAGCACUGAACUUGAGGUAAUCAUUUUAGAAUGGCUUGCUAAAGCGUUUGAUUUACCAAAGAAGUUUUUGUUCUAUGAAAAGGGAAGUAAAGGUGGUGGAUGCUUGCAAGGCUCAGCCAGUGAAUGUACUCUUUUAGUUUGUUUGGCUGCACAAAAGAUUGCUUUGCAGAAGUUAAAAAAAGAAAACCCUUCGAUUCCUGAGGGCGAACUAUUAGCCUCGCUUGUAGCCUAUUGCUCUAAAGAAGCGCAUUCAAGCGUCGAAAAGGCUUGUUUAAUAGCCAUGGUUACUGUAAGAAUUAUCGACACAGAUGAGAGAUUCAGGUUUCGUGGUAAAGAACUUGAAGAAGCAGUAAAACAAGAUUUGAAAGACGGACUUCAUCCUUUUCUGGUCGUUGGUACUUUAGGAACAACAGCAUCCACGUCUGUCGAUAAAUUUGAUGAGAUAGGGCCAAUUUGUAAGAAGUAUGAGCUUUGGUUACAUGUUGACGGAGCGUACGGAAUAAGUGCUUUAAUUUGCCCGGAAUUUCGCCAUUUUGCAAAUGGAUUGGAAUAUGCAUCAUCGAUAGCUGUGAAUCCACACAAGUGGCUUUUGAUGCACUUUGAUUGUUCUUCCUUCUGGAUUGAUGAUCGAUGCAGAUUUGUUAAAGCUUUGUCUGCAGAUCCAGAUUCCCUCUCUGCUGAUGCAGACGCUAAAAUAAUUGAUUUUUCUCACUGGGGAACAGGAGACAGAAUAAGAUUUAGAGCACUUAAAAUGUGGGUGGUGAUGCGCACAUAUGGGGUGACGGGAAUGCAAAAAUUCAUAAGAAAUCAUGUCCAACUGGCGAAAUAUUUUGAAGAGCUGGUACAGAAAGACCAUCGUUUUGAAGUUAUUAAUGAUGUUAAUUUUGGUACUAUUUGUUUCCGACUUAAAUCCUCCAAUGAUGCCAAUGCAAAAUUAUUAGCAUCUAUAGUUCAGACAAGAAAGUUAUUUAUGGUCCCGGCAUCAUUGGGAGGAUCUUAUGUUAUUCGUUUUAACAUUAGUUAUGAACAUAUGUCAGAAAACGAUAUUUUUAAUGCAUGGGAAAUUAUAACAACUCAUUUUGAAGAUUUAAAUAAUAUUUAAAAGUUGAAC